CUACUAGCACCACUUCUUUAAAAUUACCCAUUUCGGGUCUUACAAAUUUGCUCAUUUACGCUGAGGCCGGAAGUAGUUUUGCCCCUACAAAUCAUGGCGGAAAGCUUUCUGGUCUCCAAGGGAACACCAAGUAGUGCCUACGCGGUAGAUGAUUUUGCGCAUGCGUAGACAUAUAAGCACCGGAAGUAGUGCUGCUACGACCGCCUUUGGUUUAGUGCGAGCGCGCAGGGAGCUCUUCCGGCGUCUGUGUUGCGCAAAUGGUGGAGAAGAAAACCUCUGUUCGCUCCCAGGACCCUGGCCAGCGGCGAGUGCUGGACCGGGCAGCCCGGCAGCGUCGGAUCAACAGGCAGCUCGAGGCCUUGGAGAAUGACAACUUCCAGGAUGACCCCCAUGCAGGUCUCCCCCAGCUCGGCAAGAGGCUGCCUCAGUUUGAUGAUGAUGCAGACACCGGAAAGAAAAAGAAGAAAACUCGCGGUGAUCACUUUAAACUUCGCUUCCGAAAAAACUUUCAGGCCUUGCUAGAGGAGCAGAACCUGAAUGUGGCCGAGGGCCCCAACUACCUGACGGCCUGUGCAGGGCCCCCAUCCCGGCCCCAGCGCCCUUUUUGUGCUGUAUGUGGCUUCCCUUCCCCCUACACCUGUGUCAGCUGCGGUGCCCGCUACUGCACCGUGCGCUGUCUGGGCACCCACCAGGAAACCAGGUGUCUAAAGUGGACCGUGUGAGCCUCGUGUCCCUGAAGAGGAAGGGCCUCAGUCCACCACCAGCCUCUGAAGAGCAUGACCAAGAGAAGCGCCCCCGGACGGAGGGAGGAGCCACUCACCCACAAAGCUGUGUCCUGCCCUGGCAGGCCAGGCUCCCUCAGGAACUGUGGGAAUAAAAAGCCUGGUGCCAGGA